AUGAUUAAAACAACGAAUCAUUAUAAUUAUUAUAAUAAAGAAAAUAGAAAUGAGUAAGUAUAGUAUAAUUAAUAUUAGGGGAUCAUUUACAGGAAAGUUUAUGCAUAAAUUACAAUAAUUGAUGGGUUUAUAUUUAGACUUAAUGACAACAGCACCAAAAGUAGAAUUGACAGAAAAUUUAUUUAGAGCAACCAUCAUUUUUUAAUUUAUGUUCCGUCUUCAUUAUUUAUUACCAGUAGAUGGAUGGGGAGUAUGGAAAUAUGAAGAUUUUAAGAUCAAAAUUCCAUAAUAGAUUUUAUCAACAAUAUUUUCACAAAAUGCAAUUUUACUCAAAGUAAUUCUAAUCAUUUUAAAUGGUGGUUGUUUAUUGAUGAGUUUUAUGAGAAUUAAAUUAAUGUACUACUAUAAUAACUUAACUUGGCAUAUCUUUUUUAUGCCUCAAGUUUCAAUUCUAAUAAAUUUUGAAUAAAAUCCAACUCUAUCAACAAUUGCAAUUUUUUUAUUACUCCUUUAAUCUUUUAUAAAUUUAUACUUUAACAGAGCCACCAAAUUUUUGCACAAUAAUCCAUUUAUUAGAAAGUAUACUAAUCUUACUCUUGUUUCUAUAGCUAUUGAUACUCUUUGCUACAUGAAGUUUCAAUUUUACUUGAUAAGAUUAAUAUUACUACAUUUUUCAACAAUUGUUUAAAUAGUUGAUGUUUACACUUUUAACCCUUACAAACCUAAACUCAACUCAUUUGUAUUUUAAUGUUCUAUACUAUAAUAUACUCUCAUUUUCAUAACAACAAUCUCAAUUAUUUAAUAAUCAGAAAAUAAUUUGUUUUAUUCUUAUUUUUUAUUUGGAACAUUAUCAGUAGCAUUAUCUUAAAUAAUAAUAGAAAAAGGUUCUAGAAAGCAGACUUUUGAUUAAUAUUAUGUUUUAAUUUAAUGUUAAUCGUUGUAUCUAGCAACUAAUUUUUAAAAGGCUAUUUCACUUAGUUAACAUAAAUAAAAUUGUAAAUUUAAACAUGAAAGCUGUGUGACUGAUACUAUAAUUUGUAUUCUUGAAAAUUCAAUAACUAAGAAUAAAUAAAAUAAAUUGGAUUAUGAAAUUUUAGAAUUAGCAUUAAUUAAUUUCUUAUCUUUAUAAAAAGCAGCUUUGACAGCUUUUUGUAGAUUAAAAUUGUAUUAUAAUGCAGAAGAUGAUCAUACAAUAUAUUUUUAGAUAAGUUUUCCAAAUAUAGAUAAGAAAUUAUGGAAAAGAGUUAGAGAUGUUCAAAAUAGAAUCACUAAACAAAUAAGAUCAACUCAAUAUUAUGAUGAAAAAGAUCUAAAAACAAAGGAUAUAUAUGUUGCAUGUUUGAUGAAGGAUUAAUUUUAUCCAAAAAUAAUUGAAGUCUUAAAUAGAAAGCUUGAAUAUUGGAAUUAAUUAUUGUCAGAUCUUGCUAAUUAUGAAAGACUCUUUGAACAUACAAUAAAGUGUAGUUCAGUAAUGCAUAAUUUUAAUAUAUUUUUAACCAAUCUAUUUUCUUAAGAUUUAGAUGAAAUAUAAAAUAUUAAAACUGUGAUAGAAUUAAAAAUGUUAGAAAUCUAUUUUUGUGUAGUCAGAAAUGAUUAAGUUUAAGCCACAAAAAUGCAAAAGUUUAUUAUAGAAAUGUUGAGAUAGGAAACCCAACAAGAUGGUAAACUUUUAAAUUGUAGCAUUCUUGAAAACAAAGUUGUUCUAUUAUACACAAGUAUAGUUAAAGCAUCAGGAUUUAUAAUAAAAACAAAUAGUGGAUAAUUAGCAAAAUUUUGGGGAUAUGAAAGUGAAUUAGAUUUUCAUGAUAUUAAACAUAUUAAUUAGUUGAUGCCAAAUUUCUGUGCAUCUGUCCAUGAUUAAUAUAUAGAGAGAUUUUAAACUAUAGGUCAUAGUAUUCUUUUUGGGAAAUGUAGAACUAUAUUUCUAAAAGAUAAAUACGAUCUACUCAUUCCAGCUAGCAUUACUAUAGAUAAUUUCUUUAUCAGUUAUGAUGAUUAUGUAAUCACCGCUGCUUUUGCUAAAAAUAAAGAGACUUCUUUAUAUAUUCUAUUUGAUUGCAAAGGUAAAAUACUUGGAGUCACUUAAUUGAUGUAUAAAGUAUUUCAUACUAUCGAUUCAACAAUAACUCCAGAAUUAUUAAAUACUGGAUAUAUUUUUUAGAUAAUUCCUAAUAUCUUCUAUUUAGUUAAUAAUCAUACUAAUGCUGAAUAUGAUAACCUUCUUUUUGAAGAGAGGAUCCAUUUAAUUAUUGGAAAUCCUAUUAAAUAAUAAUUUGAAAAACCCAUUAAUUUAUCAAGACACAAAGCUUAUUAUGAUGAUUUAUGGACUCUUUAUGAUGAUACUAAAAAUCAUAAAAGUGAAAUGUUUCUUCAAGAUUAUUAAGAUUCUUGUAAGUAAUUCAUAGAUCAUUUAUUAAAAACAGUGAAUUUUGAAAUUAUAUGCCAACUCCAUUAUUAAAUAAUAGGACAUUAUAAAACAAUGCCUUUGUUUACAUUAGAAAUUUUAGAUAUAAUAAAAGCUGAUUUAUCAUCAAGUAUGACAUAUUCAUCAUAAAUUGAAAUAAAAACUAAUGAUUAAUUUGAGCCAGAUCCAGUUGAUUUAAGUUCAAUUUAAGAAGAGAGUUUCCAGAAAGUGAAAUAAAAUGAUUUACAAUAAUUAGAUAAUACAUUACAAUAAAUACCUGAAAUAUCUUUUAUAAAAAGAAGAUUUGAAUCAUAGAUAAAUGAAUAAACUCAAAGAAACAAUAAAUAAAAAUAAUUCACAUAACCAUAAUCUCAAAAGGCUACAUUUUAGGUAAUAAAACAGAAAAGUUUGAAUGAUGAUCUAAAAAGUAUAGAAGAAGAAAUGAAGAUAAUUAAAGCUAAUAGAAGAUAAAGUUAAAGAUAAAUAAUAAAUCAAAAAUAAAAAGAGGAACAUAAAAGUUCUGAAAAAUUGACUAAAAGAAAGAAUAUCAUAGAUUAAAUCUAAGAUAAACGUAAACAAGAUAUUAAUGAAAUGGAUGCAGUAAAUUCUGUUAAUUCUAUUACUUCUAAUUUAAUAAAUUAUAAAUAAGAUCUUAUAAGGAGUGUAUAUAAAUCAAGUAAAAUUCCUUACUCACUUAAAAUGAUAAUAAUUUUUGAUUUGAUGAUUAUCUCAGCAAUAUUGGUCUUUAAUAUAUUUCCAAUUAUUACAAUUCAUAAUAAUAAUAUUCAUGCUAUUCAUUAGAUAGAUGCUAUAAUGGCUCCUUAUCUAUAUAAUUCUUACUAUUGUUAAUUAUACGUUCAUAAUUUGAUUUUUGAAUUAUAAAAACUAUAAAUAGUAAAUUACAGUAAGGAAUUGAUUCAUGAUAUUGAAGCUAUUAAUUAAAAUAAUACUCUUCUUUAAGACUUAAGUAAAUAUUAUCCAGUCUUUCUAGAAAUAGAAAAACUAACUUACUUUCCUGCAUUAAAUAUUCAUUUCAUAAAUACUGAUGAUUAAUUUAAUGUUUCAUUCACAUAUAUGUACAGUGUCUUAAUUGAAAAACUUCAAUAUUUCACAUAAAAAGGUUAAGACUUUGCUAAAUAUCAAAUGAAUGAAUCUGAGAUUAUCUCUUCCUUAUAUUUAUAUGCAAAUUUGUAAGAAAGUAUAUCCCUAUAUUCAGAUCUAAUCUAAUUAAUAGUGUUGACUUUUUUUGAAGACGUGGAUUAUGAUGAGAGUAACUUCCUUAAAUAUCUUUUGGUUGCACUUUUUAUAACUUUCUUUUUAUUUUGGACAUAGAUUAUAUAUUUUCAUUAAAUCUUUAAUUAUUUUAAAAAGAUAAUUUAUUUGAAUUGCCGAUUAUUAGAAAAGGAUGUUCAUUUGAUAGUUUAGAGAUUAUAAUUAAUACGAGAAAUAUUAAUUGAACAUACAGUUACAAAUUGGAAGAAGGCUGAUUAUGUUCAUUUAAUGUUUCAAUAGAUUUAACCAGACCAGAUCUAAGUUUAAUCCAAAAUUAAUAAGCAUACAUUACUAUGUUCAAGAAUUGCUUAAAGUAAGUUUUCAUUACUUGGUAUUCUUGGUAUGAUAAUAUCUGUUUAAUUAAUGAUAAUCGGUUUUUGUUUAGGAGGAUACUUUUUUAAUGAGAUAUAGUAAAUAGAAUUAACUCCUUAAUAUGAAUUAAUGUCAUAAUUCUUUUAAUUUUCAAUCACUAUGGAUUCUAUGGUUACACAAUCAAUACGUGUUAAAUGUCAAAGACUCUACAUGCAAAAUAAUAAAAUCAAUGAAUCUAUAACAGUUUAGAAAAGUUUGGUUAAUUAAAAACUUAUAUCUAUUAGAACUACAAAUUUAACCUUUUAUUAAAUUUUAUUUAAAAAUUUUGUUAAAUCAGAAGAAUUAAUCCUUAAAGGAUUAGUAAAUGAUGAUUAAGUGGAUAGAUAAAAUAAUUCAACAUUGUAUCAACUUUUCUUUAAUGAUAUUUGUUCAUUAGUAUGUCCUAAUUCUACUAAUGAAAAAGAUUAGAAUAAAUACUAUGUUAAUGAAGGUAUCUCAGGAGUAUAUUCUGGUUUAAGUAAAUUUAUAAAAAGUACUUUUAAUUAUGAAUUGGAGAAUCUAUAGUAAGAUCCUGAUAUCAAAGCUUAAAUUAAUGUUGUAAAUUCUCAUGAAUUUAUAAUAUUAUUCUCAAGACAUUUUUUAAAUACAAAAAAAGCAUUUCUAAAAUUUUAAGAAGAAAUUCUUGCUAAAACUUAUGGGGUAAUUUAAUAAAAUGAUAUUGAAAUCUAAGCAUAUUUUUCAUGUGCAUUAUUACUUGAAAUAAUAAUAGCAGGAAUUAUUUUUAUAUAUUGUAUAAAAAUAAAACAACAUCAAAUAUAAUUAAUGAGAUUGUCUUUAAGCAGUAUUCCAAUAGAUUUAUUAGAUUAACAAUCAAUAAGUAUUCUAAAAACAUUAUGA